UCUCUUAUCUGUCUACGUUUUCUUAAGAUGUAUACAAUACAACGCUCAUCGUUGCAAGGAGCUUUAUUCCUGUGAACAGUCAUUUUGAGUAUACGAUCAACGCAUCAGUGAGUUUAGCUGAACAUCCUACUGUCAAGAAAUAUUUUGUCGUUAUAAACGUGAUAAUCGUGAUAAUCGUCCAGUGAGUACCAGGCUUUACCGUCCUGUCUUUGAUACAAUAGUGCGUAUUUACAUGCCAUUUACAUGUCAUAAACCUAUGUCAUUUGUGAGUAUUUAAAUGAGGUAGUUGCUUUUUAAUUCGAUAUGUUUCGUGACGUGCGUUGGCCUAAAUUCGAAUGAACAAUGAACGGAUAGAUGCACUGAAAAAAUCAAAAAGACAUGGAAUACCAUUUUAAUCCAUAUGACUGCAAUUGGCUUCCAUUGAACGGUUUUUUGUUCCAGCUUGCAAAUUUAAUGCUUUGCUUAACUUAUGUCGUUCCCGAUACCCUCAAUGGACUUUUCAUGCUUCGUUUUUUCUUGGGAUCGGCUGGCCUCUUCUUUACUCUUUGGGCAUGGUGGAACAUAUGUGCUCCUGACACACUAGCGUGGAAUGUUGUGUUUAUGAUUGGGAACUUUGUGCAUGCUUUGUACAUGUUUAUUCAUAUCAAAAGACCACGAAAAUUUCUGGAACAUGUCGAGACUGUUUAUGAAAAAUUUUUCAAGCCAAUGGGGAUUCAAAGAUUUCAGUUUCAAGUUCUUGCUGAUAAUUGUUCUGUUAGAACUUUAAAAGACGGAAAAGUUUAUGGAGCUAUAGGAGAAAAGGCAGAGCGGAUAUCUAUACUUUUACAAGGACGUGUUGAAGUAAAAAAUGAAAACUGUGCUGUGCACAUCACAGAACCUUAUGAAUUUUUGGACUCACCAGAAUGGGCUUCAAGUAAACAAGAUGAGCUUGCUGAAUUCGCAGUAACAUUGGUUGCUCACGGUGACAUUCUGUUUGUUGAAUGGAAAUUUGAAGUCCUAAAUAAGCUGUUGAAAAAGGACAAGUUCUUAAGGACUGUUUUUAAUUCAAUAAUUUGUCAAGAUGUCACCAAGAAAUUAAUGUCUCUUACCAAGAGGACAGGAUUUUCACAUGACCCUGUUGGCUCAGUUUUGUAUCUCCACCAAGUUCAUCUAGAGAAAAGUGCCAGUGCGUCUAAUGGACAUAUGGUUUUAAGAAGGAGCUGCGCUACGCAAGACACUGAUAGUCUUUUUGAAAACUGCUUGACCCCUAGUGCUCAAGCACACGAUAAUACACCGUUACUGAGACAGUCUCGCACUGAAUUUACAAGCAUUGGCGUUGGCAUUCACAAAGCAGUGAAGCUCUUCUCUACACCACAUCACGAGGAAAUCCCGCUUAUUGAUGACUUCAUUGAGUCACGGCUCGAUAGUCACAAUGAUACAGACAUAGACCGAGAGACAGUGAUAUGACGUCAUUAUAGGUAAGAACUAGUACAUUUUAGGUAAACUUUUAUAUUAGAAUGCAACUGCUUAACAUCAUGUUACAGUCAUAGAUCUUAGCUUUACGUCCUUUGCAGUCACAUGAGCUGUUCACAAAUCAAAAUGAAGGUUUUUUUGACAAGCAUACCGGUAAAAUUCAUAGGGACAGAAAGAUGACAAGCAUACUGUUUCUAUGGUUUCAUGUUUUUGACUUUUCAUUAUCUUGAAAAAAUCCUCAAACAAAUGAUAAAAAAUUCAUUUUGUUUUCUUGUCAUUAUCUGACCGUAUGAGAUUUUGCUACUUAUAAAAGUUUCCGAUAAUAGGUUACACCCUGCUUUACAUUCUACUGGUAUUUAUUAUCCCCAUUGUAUUUCCUUUCAGUAGCACACCAUUCUACAUUCUUGCACAAGUAACGAGAGAUCGUGCAGACUACUCUGAUUACAUAGAUCACCACUUUAGGCUGUUUGAUCGAUUUAAGCUUUUAAGUAUUCAAGCCUGACUGGCUUAUGAAAACGACCAUGGUCUCGCUUGCUUUUUCUAGAGGAAACUUUUCAGGCCCUUUAUAAUUCUCAUCCGUAUAUAGAUAUCUUUGUAAGUGUGAAAGAUGAUUCUAUAAAAUUAUUAAGCUGUUCAUUGAAAUACUUUUUUCUUAAUAUAAUUGUAUAAUUAAGCAGGUUAUUACAGAAAUUGCCAGAAAAUAUCCCCUUAAGAAAAUGGCCAGCUCUAUAUUCCCUUUGUCCAAGCACUAAAUUAAACUGAUCCGAUAAUGGUUAUAACAUAGUCAACGUCAACUACUGAUAAUUUUUGAAGUCAAAGGAAAGCCAAAAAUUUUGUUAUAAUCUUAAAGUGCCUGUGACAUGAUUUUUUUUAUUCCCUUAAUUGAAGCGUUGCAUUGCGCUUAUAGCAUUGCUUUUUUUUAAUAAAAGCGUUUUGAUAUUGAAACUAAGCAAAAUAUUGCGGCCUAGCCAAGUCGCUUUAUCAUCAUUCGCUGUUCUCUUGUGACGUCAUGGGAGGAACUCGUUAUUGUAACAAUGUAAGCGCUACCUUCAAAAAUCUUAUCCUCGCUGCCACUACUUUCUCUGGAAAUAUCGCUCAUCUUGGACCUGUUAGAUUUCCCUCAUUGACUACGAUACAAAAUCUCGAAGGAGGAGGCGAUCGGGUCCCUCCCGUGACGUCACUGUCUACUCAUUCUGAAAACCAAGAUGGCGAAUUUUGGCGUAGAAGAUUGCCAAUAACUCCUUCAUUUCUCACGAAACGUAAAAACUAACCUCAGAAAUGAAAAUAACAGGCCUUUUUACAUAAGAAUAGAUAUAUAAACCCAAAAGUACGAAAAUCAUGUCACAGGCACUUUAAGUUCAUACUAAUAGAAAAUUUUAGUUCUGAUUUGGUUCAAAUUUAGAAAAAUUGUAAGGCAGUCGAAUUAUCGUACUUUCACGUCUAUAAAAGUUAAUUUUACAAAAAUUUGCGAAGACAUGUCUGAAGGAAUCAUUCGAUUCUUUUACCGUGGAGAAGCUUUGCUUCAAUCUACAUGUAAUGUAAAUAGUUCUCGUGUUUUAAAGUUGUUGAUAUAUUAACCUUUACUUUUCUGAUUUGAGAAAUCAACUUCCUUUUCAAAUAUCAGUAUAAACUAAAAUGUAAUUCUAUGUUGGCCUUGCAAGCUGUGGAUGUAAUCUUAGGUAAUAUAGACACCUUAGGUAAUAUAUAAAGAUUGCUAUUAGUAUAAGUCCUGUAUCCACAAUUAUAUUUGUUGUUCAAAAGUCAAUUAGCAACCUGGAUUUAAUCAGAGUGUUAAUAGGUUAGAAAUGCGAUUCAUUUGUUGAAAAUAUUUGAAAGGCGUUGAUAAUACGAUGAUUUUUAUUCACUUGAUCUCUCAUUUUGAUCUAUGUUCAUUUAGAGUGAUUCUCGUAACUUUAAGACAUGUGAAUGAGAAUCAUUAUUUUUUCAUCGAUGCGAAAAGGUCUCCAAUUUUUAUACGUAUGGGGAUAAGAAAGUAUUGCCAUCGCUUCUCAGAGUUUUUCCUUUUGUCCGUCUCAAUUUCAUGGUGCUCAUUUUGGAAAAAACUGGGCGCUAUUGUACAAGCACCCAAACAAGCACGGCUCACUCCUCAAUAAUGCCAAUAAAUUCGCUGUGCCCCACCUCAACCUGAGCCAUAAAGAGAUAAUUCUCCCUUGGGAAGUUUCUUUUCGUCGCGUAGACAUGCAAAACGUCUUCUGGGAGAUUGGCGUGGCAUUAAUGUAAUUUUGAAGCAUCAAUGUAUUCCCAGGGUAAUGCAAGCGUUCUUUUUCGAACUUUUGUUCGUGCUGUAUUUGAUGCGUUGUGUUAAAAGGCACAGAACCAGCGCUGACCAUGUUAUUAGAAGCGAAAGGUUGUGUUGGAUAUCGCAUUCGGAGAGUAAAGGAGCUUUAAUGCCGAGAGCCGUGUUAUGCUUGGGGCGGUAUUGAAGGACUGGUUAUUUGAAGAAGCUGAAUUCUGAACUUAGAUGUCCAGAAACCUUCAGUCGACAAUUGUAUUUACCCACGGCCACGGUGGACAUUUUUAACCGUGUAGUCUUUGGAGUUCUAUACCAGAGACUUGGAACCUCUGCAAUUAUUUAUGUGUAUAAGAAAUGAGACGAAUCGAUUGGUUGUCGUGGAUCUCAGUUUCUGGUCGACCUUUACGACGAAUUGUUGAAGAAGGACACCAAUUAAACCGUGAAACAAUUGGAACGACUGAUGAUGACAAGGGCUUCAUCUGUUAGACGAUUCAGGGCGUUGUAGCAGAAAAUCCUGUAGAAGUAAGAUUUUUCAUGUUUUUUUUAAAGCUAUAGAAAAAUUUUGUCAACAUUUUUUGCUAAUCUGCCAAUAAUGCCAGAUAACUUAUAUUUAGGCAUGAUGCUUGAAUUUUAUCUUGAAAUGUAUCGAUAUUCUUUAUUAAGGAUAGCAAAAUUUUUUCCGCUGAAAGUUUUGUCCAGCCUAAAUUUGGAAGCGAAUAUUUUUCCUAAAAAAAUAUGAUUUUUAGCUAUGCGUCAAGGAACCAAGAAGCAAAAAAUACAAUGUUUAUGCAACUAAAUAUCUAAUUGGGAGGAAAGUUAUAUUUUUAAAACCUUCUUCGGUCGUAUCUUGUUCUUUUGAACACGAUACGACUUCUUCGGUCGUAUCUUGUUGAGAACAUCUUGUUCUCAACACAAUAAAUGAAGUUAAAAAGAGAAUCAUCAUUUGAACUAUAAUUUUGUCUUGAGUUCUAUAUUUGGCUUCAUCUAUAAGAAACGUUAUCAAAUCGAUAUAUUUUCCAGUAUGGGUCCGUUGUUAUAAAAUGGGGAUUUUUUUAAUAAAAUGGCCAAUCACUCAUGGAAAAUAUUCCAUCUAUAAAAGGUGGAUUUAAACCGUUAAAUUUUAGACAUUUCUAUCGCAAAAAAUCCACGGGAUUUGCCAUUUUUUGAGAAACCUUUUUUAAAGUAAAAAUUAAAUCUUAGGGUAUCGAUUUUGGCAAUACGAAACAUGGUCAAAAAUUUGGGAUUGAUUUUCACCAUGACAUUAAAUUUCGGGGUAUCAUUUUUAUAGAAAAGUAAUAUAUCUUCAUUUACUCGAUUGAGUUGUUAGAUUUUUGCAAAUUUGAAUUAAAUUCAAGGGUUUGCAUUUCAUAUUGUAUCUAAGUUUUCGGGUAGGGUUAUUGAAAAGAUCAUGAAUUUCAGGAUAUGUCUUCAUAUUUCCAAAAUGGCACACCCCUGUUCUCUGCCUGUUAAAGUUACCUCUCCCCGGGCAGUUAGCUCAUUUGUAUCAGUACUUGACAGCCAAACUGAAGUCUCGUCCGCAGAGUUGCAUAGGUUGUUUUUGUUCAAAUGAAGAAAUAUGUUGUUGAUGUAGACCUCAGAAAGCAAUGGACCUAAUAAUGAUCCUUGAGAUACUCCCUGCUUUGUUUCCAUCAAAUCACUAGACUUAAAGUUUAUUUAACUCGUUGUACUUUUUUAUCUAGAUUUCUAGGCAUUUAUUUAAUUGUGAUUUUGCUGAAACCAAAAAUUUUCAUUUCGACGGUAGCAGUAUAUGAGAUAAACAGUCCAUGCUUUUGCUUUUGAUAAGUCCACAAGCACUGCGCCAGCUCAUCCCUUUGAUUCGGGCAGUUUUUCGAAUCUUCAGUACGUCGUUAUAGGGUGUGCUUGAUGCUCAAAGCAGAGGGAACAGUUUCAUUAAACAUGAUUCUCUCAAAUAUAUUUGAAGCUGAUGGGAGCAAACGUAUUGGUCCAUAAUUCUGUUUACUUAUGAAGUGUCAUUUCUUAAAAACAGGGAAUAAACUAGCCCUUCUCGUAAGAAAAGGAAGCGUUUUAUCGGAAAAAAGUCGAUUAAAUAUAUCAGCUAGUGUCGCAGAGACGAUCUCUAUUGCCAUUCUGAGACUUUUCGUCGGAAUGUUUUUGUCUUCUGUUGUCUUCUUCAAGGUAGCAAAUGAUUCCUCUUAUAUCUUCGAGAGUUAAAUUUUUAAAGUCAGCUUGAGGAAAUUUGUUAAAUGUUUCUUUGUCCUUAUACUAAUUAUCUAAAUUUUUAUCGAAGCACUUCAAUCGGUCAAGUUAAACCCAAUUUUUUGUACGGUAUAAGCUAGUUUAUGGUGGUCUGACAAAAACCGCUGUUUAAGUGGAUGUGUUUCUCUUUUACUAAGAUCAAGUGAUAACAUUCUAGUGGGUUACGUUAGUGGCAUGUUGGUUCCUUCACCAAAUAUUCUUGAUUAUAAACUUCCAUGAAGUGCUUUUUAUGAAAAGAACAGGGUUCCAUAUUAUGUCUCCAAGUAUUAGAACUUUUUCAUAGCUAUAAAAAUUGUUAAGAAAAUUUGCUAAAUCCAUCAAAAAAGUUAUUUAUUAUAGAAGCUGAAACUGUUGGGCUCUAUCUUUUCUCCAAAAGUACAAAAACUUGUUUUGAACUUCUUUUUGCUUGACCAAUAGCUAGAUUCGUUUUCAAUUUUCUCUGUGCUAGAACUGAUGAAGCAAAUCUUAGUUGUCGCCAAAAACGAAAUAAACAAAAUCAAAUUAAACAGCUCAUAAAACAAUUUUUGAAUUCUAAUCAAAACAUGAUUUGGGUUAAAUUUGUAACGACGAGAUAAACUGUACAUGCAAAAGUUUGUUAAUUCAAUAAAAGCCUCGAAAAAUCAGACUUAUUGUCGAUAAAUAUAUGUUACAAGAGCAGGGCCGUUACAACAACAUGGGUUACCAAAAAAGACCAAUUUACCAUUUAUUUUCAAAAUCUCUCUUGGUAUCAUAAUGCCAUGGUGCUGCACGCCAUAGUUUAAAGAAUUAUUGUCGUUUUUUGUCACAAAUAGCCUUAAAUUUACAUCUUGACCCGCCAUAAAUUUCUUCUUUCCUAAAAGGGUUGUGAGUUUGAAGAAAAUAAGAUAGAGUUAGGAAUGUCAUCAAGGAAAGGCUAUCUAGUUGCAGAACUUCACAAAAAUUUUAAUGAAAAGGGAAGGAAGUGUAUUCUAACUAUUUAUCAAAUGCAGUCUUCGUUAGAUAAAUAGAAUAAGAAAACAGCCUAAUUAAUCGGUUAUUUAAAGAAUGACAGGUACUGAAUGUUUAAAAAAACUUAAACUUCUUUAAACAUCACAUUACCCAGCCAAGACAAUUUCAAGGUAAUGCAAAGCCCAUGUACAUUGACAAAAUUUUCUUAAACUCUGUUGAAUAUUAAACAGUAAGUGGCAACUUAAUAGAAAAAAAUAUCUUAUCAUAUGCCAAAAAUUGUAUUCUGCUACAACCAAAAUCUCCAAACGACUAAUAGGCAAAUGCAAGUGCAAGGUUAUUCGAAUGCAGCUUCUACCAAAUUUUUACGAAGCCGAAUUACUUGCUUUCGACAAACAUAGGUAUAUAUGCUUUGAAUUUGAAGACUUAUGUUCAACAUUCAUAACUAUGAUAAGCUAAUUGAUGAGCACAGAACAACCACUUACUGAUCAGUAGGCAAUCACUAUACCUCUCUCAAAGUUGCAUCAAAUACACUUACUGUCAAAAACAUGGUUGCCAACUGCCUACUGGGGGCCAUAUUUGAGAGAUCUGGCUUUUUUCAAGAAUGUUUGGCUACGUAAUUUUACCU